AUGGUGCUCCAAGGAAGACCUCUCCGCCUGGCUCAGGUGUUUCUCAUCGUUGUUCCUGCCUUCAUCCUCUUCGGUUACAACCAAGCCGGUGUUGGUCCGUUGGCCACCCUGCAAAGCUGGGUUCAUGUCUUCCCUGAAAUCGACACGGUCAACACGACCGGUGCCCUCAAGGCUCACAAUUCGACCAGUAAAGGUGCCGUCGUAGCAUCCUUCCAGCUCGGGGCCCUGAUCGGAGCCCUAUCCUGCUCGUUCCUCGGUGACUGGAUCGGUCGUCGCAAGACCAUCUUUGUCGGCACCAUCAUCUCCAUCAUUGGCCAGGUGCUCCAGACGGCCUCGUACAACCUGAUCCAGUUCACCAUCGGUCGAGUCGUCCUCGGUGUGGGUAUUGGCAUGUUCAGUGCCGCCGUACCGGUGUGGCAGUCCGAAUGUACCUCGGCCAAGCACCGUGGCCAGCACGUUAUUGUCGACGGUAUCUGUAUCUGUCUGGGUUACACGCUCUGCAACUGGAUCGACUUCGGUCUCAGUAAAGUGGACGGCUCCCUGCAAUGGCGUAUCCCGCUCGCCAUCUCCUUCUUCUUCGAGCUGGUCCUCGUCUUCUCCGUCUUCCUCCUCCCCGAAUCCCCCCGUUGGCUCGUCCGCGUCAACCGCAUCGAAGAAGCCACCACCAGUCUCGCCGCCUACAAGGGUAUCCCCGAAGAGGACGACGAGAUCCGCAUGGAGAUUGCAGGCAUCGAGUCCUCGCUCGAAGUCAGCGCCGACCACAGCGGCUCGCUGAAGGAAAUGUUCAGCAAGAACGACAAGGACCGUCUGCUGUACCGCUUUGGCCUCUGCAUGGCGCUGCAAUUCUUCCAGCAGAUGUGCGGUGGCAACCUGAUCUCCGUGUACGCCUCGACCAUCUUCGAAGAGAACCUCAACAUGGACUCCGACCUGGCGCGCAUCCUCUCGUCGUGCGCCAUGACCUGGAAGUUCCUGUGCAGCUUCGUCGCCUUCGUGGCCAUCGACCGGCUGGGCCGUCGCGCCAUCUUCAUGAUCAGCGGCGCCGGCAUGAGUCUUCGGCAAGAACUACGCCGCUCCAUCGUCUCCGCGCUCUUCAUCUUCCUCUUCAACUCCUUCUACCCCUUCGGCUUCCUCGGCGGCAACUUCCUCUACUGCACCGAGGUCGCCCCCGUCCGGCUCCGUGUCGCCAUGUCCUCCAUCUCCACCGCCAACCACUGGCUCUGGAACUUCGUCGUCGUCAUGAUCACCCCCGUCGCCCUCGACACCAUCGGCUACCAGUACUACAUCAUGUACGCCGUCAUCUCCGCCUGCAUCCCCCUCGUCGUCUACUUCUUCUACCCGGAGACCAUGAACCGCAACCUCGAGGCCAUCAACAACGUCUUCCGCGACGCCCCCUCCACCUGGGACAUCGUCUCCAUGGCCAAACACCUGCCCCAGGGUGAAGCCGCCGAAGUCGACGCCUUCACGCGUGCCGCCGAGAAGGCCGAGGUCGACCAGCGCGAGAACGUCUAA